AUGUUGUUCUUGUGUGUUGUGAGGCCUUUUGAAAAAGCUUGGCAUAAAGUGUUAGGUCUUGAGCCGACAAGGAUAGGUGAUCAUGUAGAUUCUGGUCCACGCUUUUUGGGCCAGACUAGGUUAGGACUUGGGUUUGGGAAUGUCUUGGGGUUGGGAUUCAAAAAGAAAAGAAAGAAAGAGCUUGUGAGCAAAAAGAAAAGAGGCGUUUUAGCUGAAGGUAGAUUAAGAGCUUGGUCUGUAUUCGGAGCUUAUGGCGAAGGAGGACCGGAGGUGAUGAUCGGAGAUGGACCAGAAGGAGAUCGGAGUAAUCGGAUGGCAAAACAAGCAAGACGGAACAGAGCCUUGAGCAAAAGGAAACAGAGUGCUUGA